AUGCCUAAAAUAAAAGCCGAAAAGAAGUCUAGAGUGCACAAUGAAAUCGCUAAGCAAGGUAUCCAAUUUAAUAAAGAUUUCGGACAGCACAUUUUAAAAAAUCCGCUUAUUAUAACUUCUAUGCUUGAUAAAGCUGGAUUGAGACCGACUGAUGUUGCACUUGAAAUUGGCCCUGGUACUGGUAAUAUGACGAUAAAAAUUUUAGAUCGUGUAAAGAAGGUUAUUGCUUGUGAAAUUGACACGAGAUUAGUUGCUGAGCUCCAGAAACGAGUCCAAGAUGUGCUGUGCUUAUGUUUCAAAAAGAAUUUGCACAAAGAUUGG